AUGUUCUUUUCUUCUUUGCAGGCCAAUGGUAAAUACAUCUACCAAAAGGGUCCCGAAACCUUUAAAGAAGCAAAGGACAUAUGCAUCAAUAAGUUUGGUGCCAAUCUGGUGUCAAUCCACAAUGACCUGGAACACAAAGAGGUUCUUCAAGUGAUCCGCAGCAAUAAUGGCGGAGCCAUCGUAGACACCUGGAUAGGACUCGAUGACAUCAUCCAGGAGGGUUCCUUUGUUUGGAGUGCUGGCACACCCUAUGUCCCUAGUGCCUUUAGUUCAUUUGCUGUCAAAGGCAAUAUUAAAUCAAAAGACUAUGUGUACAUUGGAACUGGUGGAAUGGGGUGCGCUAGCAAAGGCAGUGUCCAGAGACCAUUUGUUUGCGCCUAAGAUAUAUAGUCUAAUCGACGACAGCGGCCCUACAAGACAUGAGCAAACUAUGACUCUGCAUGUCAUAUAUUGGCCAAUAAGCUUUUCAAUCUGUCCCACGGAAAGCUUCCAAAUUCGCUUUUACCGCCUUCAACAUUCAAUGCUAUUGAAUAAAUGGUUUCUGAAGCUGAAGCGCGGUGGCUGGGGUCUGCAGACUAGCAUGGUGGAGGACAGAAAAACAAUAUUUCUGCGACAAAGUUCUUUAGAAAAUUUCCAUUUUAUGGGACAUUUGUGAGUUUGUUUUCUUGUUUGGCUGUGUUGUUUGUCACAUUUUUGCUGUGUUUGUGCUUGAUGGCAAAACAUGUCUAUGAGGUCGUCGCUUGGGUG